CCAAAACUCACAUCUAUACUGCAACAAAGAAUUGGAGGAGACCUUGAGAGUAAAAAUGACCGCAGGGGAAAACCCUUUGGCAAUUAACACCUCUUCUCUGCAAAACCAACUUAAAGAGAAGGACAAGGAGCUUUUGGCAGCUAAAGCUGAAAUUGAGGCGUUAAGAACAAAUGAAGAGCUCAAAAACAGAGCAUUUGGGGAGCUUAGAGAAAACGUGAGGAAGUUGGAGGAGAGACUUGGAGCCAAUGAGAAUCUUGUUAAACAAAAGGAGGUGGAGGUGAAGAAGCUGGAAGAAGAGAAGGAAGAUGCAUUGGCAGCACAAGACGCUGCAGAAGAAGCACUGAGGAGGGUCUACACUCACCAACACGAUGAUGACUCUUCACCCCUUGAAUCCGUUAUAGCUCCUCUUGAAGAUCAGAUCAAGUUUCAAAAGCAUCAGAUUUCUGCGCUUCAAGAGGACAAGAAAGCGUUGGAACGGCUAACAAAAUCAAAAGAAUCGGCGCUUCUUGAAGCAGAGAGAAUCUUGAGGAGUGCCCUCGAACGUGCCUUGAUCGUUGAGGAGGUCCAGAACCACAACUUUGAGCUUCGAAGACAGAUUGAGAUCUGCCAGGACGAGAACAAGUUUCUUGAGAAAAUCAACCGACAGAAAGUGUUAGAGAUCGAGAAGCUCUCCCAAACCAUUGGAGAAUUGGAGGAAGCAAUCUUGGCAGGAGGAACAGCCGCCAAUGCAGUUCGAGACUAUCGCCGCCAAAUCUCCCAGCUCAAUGAAGAGAAGAGAACCUUGGAGAGAGAGCUGGCCAGAGUCAAAGUGUCAGCAAGUAGAGUGGCUCUUGCGGUUGCUAACGAGUGGAAAGAUGAGAACGAUAGAGUAAUGCCCAUAAAGCAAUGGCUUGAUGAGAGAAGGCUUCUUCAUGGAGAAAUGCAGAAAUUGAAAGAUAAACUUGCUAUUUCAGAGAGAACCGCUAAGGCUGAAUCUCAGCUAAAGGAGAGGUUGAAGCUGAGGCUGAAAACCAUAGAAGAUGGCUUGAAGGGACCAAACAAGUUUUCUGACUCUCCAACAACUACAAAGACUGAAAAAUCUAUCAAGAUUUUAGGAUUCUUGACGAAUGGUGGUGGAUCCAAGAAAAGGUCCACUUCUCAGCCACGAGGCUCACUUACAGGCAGAAUCCAUGCCCUUAAUCAGACGAUUCAUAGAGUUCCAGAAAGUGAUGGAAAAGAGAACUCAAAGGUUGAAGCAAACGGAUUAAUUGAUCAGCAUGAAGAAGAUGGCAAAAGGAAAGCUGAGGAAGAUGGAAAUGUAGAUUCUGAAGAUAUGGUUUCAGGGUUUUUGUAUGACAGGCUUCAGAAAGAAGUGAUUACUCUACGGAAGAUUUGUGAGAGUAAAGAGGGUACUAUUAAUGCCAAAAAUGAAGAAAUAAAGAUGUUGUUGAAGAAGGUGGAUGCUCUAACGAAAGCCAUUGAAGUGGAGACAAAGAAGGCAAAGAGGGAAGCGGCGGCGAGGGAAAAGGAAAACGCAUUGGCAAUAUUGAAAGAAGAGUCAAAACAAUGUAGAAAGGCAAACUUACCGAGAAGCCGCGUACACAAUUCACGUUGAAAAUCCUGUCCAGUAGAGAAAGAAGAGGCUUCCGGGUAUGAAGAUAUUAAAGAAUGUGGUCUUGAUUUAGGUGUACAUAUGGAGUGAUGGAUGGAUUAUAAGAAAGUGGAAC